CCAGUCGCUCAGUCGUGCCCUAAACGCCGCGCCACGAUGUUCAGCGACCGGCUGGACAUCAAGCUCAUCGGGCUGGUCCGAGACCACCCGGUCUUGUACGACCUCAACCACCCCAAAUACAUGGACUUCAAUGCACGAGAAGUCGCCUGGCAAAGGAUCGGGGACGAACUCAAGAGACCCGCUGGUGAUUGCAAAGUCAGAUGGAUAAACAUCAGGGACGUUAACAGAAGAAUAAUCAAGAAGAACCUCACAUAUCCCCGCGCCAUCCACCGUGUGUACAAAUACGAGGCAGAAUUGGCUUUUAUGAAGCCUUUCUACAAGGACGUCGUGGUGCCCGCCGACUAUGGUGCCGGAGACGACAAGAGCCAGUGGGACGAUGCUGGAGACGACAACUGCGAUCUUCCCGUAGACACGGACGAUUCGGAGAAGUCAACCAAAAAGGUCGCUAAAGUAUCCAAAAAGUCGAAAAAGAAAAAGAAAUGGGACUUCGAUGAGGAUGAGAAGCCGCUGUCGACGAUCAACGACGCGCCCUCGACUUCGUCUGACUUCGAUCCGGCGGAUCCUGUGGACGCAUUCCUGCUGAGCAUUGGCGCUACAUUGAAAACUUUUUCACCGUAUCAUCUGAAUCUGGCGAAGAGCAAAAUUUUCAACGUGGUCCAAGAACAUGAUUUACAACAGAUCGUUCAGAAGUCCAGCGAUGUGAAGUCUUCGGAUAAUAUUUACAUGGAGUGAUUGUCUCAUCUAAAUUUUAGUUCAAAGUUAAAUGUUAGUUAUAAAGUUAUUAUAAGUACUUUCGCUUAAGAUUUGGCUACGAGUGAAUAUUAAGAUUGUGUUAUGUGAUAACUUUUCAGUUAAUGUACGAGUGUACUUUAAGUUUUAUAAUUUGUUGAGUGUUUUUCCAAAAUUGAGAGAAAUAUGAAUGGUUAAUAAAGUGCUAACUAGAUUUAUGAGUACUAAGUAUGUUUUAGGUGAUUAAAAAUUAUAUUUGAUGAAAAUAAA